AUGACAACAUCAACAUCUCAAUACUAUCCAAUGAGUGGCGGUGACGGCCAACACAGUUACAUCCAUAAUUCCUCAUACCAAAAAGCAGCCAUGGAUGGCGCUGAAGAAAUGACAAGGCAAUGCAUCUUACAGAAGCUUGAUCUCCAACUAAACUCCGAUCUUGGUACUUUCAGAAUUGCGGAUUUUGGUUGUUCUAUUGGCCCAAACACGUUUCUUGCUGUUCAAACUAUCAUUGAUAGUGUGAAAGUCAAACAAUCGAAGGACAACAAAGAAGUUAGCCUCAUGCCUCUCGAGUUCCAAGUAUUCUUCAACGAUCAACCCAACAACGACUUCAACACACUCUUUAGAACUCAGCCUCGUUCCUCCAAACAUGAAUAUUUCUCCACUGGCGUUCCUGGCUCCUUUUAUGGCAGAGUGUUACCACGAAACAGCGUCCACAUUGGACAUACUUCCUACACAAUUCACUGGCUUUCCAAAGUUCCCGAACAAGUAUGUGUCAAGAAUUCUCUUGCUUGGAACAAAGAUUACAUCCAGUGUAAUAAUUUAGUAGAAGAAGUGAACAAAGCUUACAAAGUCCAGUUCAUAGAAGACAUGAAAAUUUUUCUUGAAGCAAGAGCUGAAGAGAUUGUUCAAGGAGGAUUGAUGAUUGUAUUAGGACAAUGUUUGUCUGAUGAAGUUCCCAUGUCUGAGACAUGGCAGGGUAUUGUGGUGGAUAUGAUCGGUGAUUGUCUUAAUGAUAUUGCAAUAGCUGGAGUAACAAGCAAGUAAAAGAUCGAGUUUUUCAACUUACCAGUGUAUUUUCCGCAGUUUAGUGAACUGAAGAGAGAGGUGAAGCAGAACAAAAGAUUUACAGUUGAGAUGAUUGAGACUAUAUGUCAUCCAAUGGAGGAUAUUCCGUUAACAAAUAGCUUCAUUCCUUCCAUGUUUAGAGCUAUUCUUUAUACGAUUAUAAAAGAACAUUUCGGAGAAGGUGUGGUUGAUGAGCUAUUUGAUCGUUUUGCUGAGAAACUCGCCAAGCAACCAAUUAAUUUUAAACAGUGUGAGAAACAUGUGUACUAUUUUACAUUGCUUAAACGAAAAUGA